GUUUAGGCUGCGAUGGCCACUGUCAUUCCUGGUGAUUUGUCAGAAGUAAGAGAUACCCAGAAAGUCCCUUCAGGGAAACGUAAGCGUGGUGAAUCCAAACCAAGAAAAAACUUUCCUUGCCAACUGUGUGACAAGGCCUUUAACAGUGUUGAGAAAUUAAAGGUUCACUCAUACUCUCACACAGGAGAGAGGCCCUACAAGUGCACACAACAAGACUGCACCAAGGCCUUUGUUUCUAAGUACAAAUUACUAAGGCAUAUGGCUACUCAUUCUCCUGAGAAAACCCACAAGUGUAAUUAUUGUGAGAAAAUGUUUCAUCGAAAAGAUCAUCUAAAGAAUCACCUACAUACACAUAAUCCCAAUAAAGAGGCCUUUAAGUGUGAAGAAUGUGGAAAGAACUACAAUACGAAGCUUGGAUUUAAGCGUCACCUGGCUUUGCAUGCUGCAACAAGUGGUGAUCUCAACUGUAAAGUAUGUUUGCAGACAUUUGAAAGCACAGGGGUGCUGCUGGAGCACCUAAAAACUCAUGCAGGCAAAUCAUCAGGUGGAGUGAAGGAGAAAAAACACCAGUGUGAACAUUGUGAUCGACGGUUUUAUACCCGAAAGGAUGUCCGAAGACACAUGGUAGUACACACUGGAAGAAAGGACUUCCUCUGUCAGUAUUGUGCACAGAGAUUUGGCCGGAAGGAUCAUCUAACACGGCAUAUGAAGAAAAGUCAUAAUCAAGAACUUUUGAAGGUCAAAACAGAGCCAAUGGACCUUCUUGACCCAUUUACUUGCAAUGUUUCUGUGCCUAUAAAGGACGAGCUGCUUCCUGUGAUGUCUUUAUCUUCCACUGAACUGACAUCAAAGCCAUUUACAAACACUCUACAAUUAAAUCUAUACAACACACAACUUCAGUCCAUGCAGAGUUCAACAUCUGCACAUCAAAUGGUUGCCACAUCAUUACCUUUAGGAAUGCCUUGUCCAAUAGAUAUGGAAUCAAUCCACCCUUCUCAUCAGCUUUCUUUAAAAUAUCCACUCAGUUCUACCUCAUAUACAGUUUCUAUGACUGAGAAAGACCAGCCAUUGAAAGGGGAAAUGGAAAGUUACUUACUGGAACUGCAAAGUGGUAUGCCUUCUUCAUCCCAAGAUUCUCAAGCAUCAUCAUCUAAGUUAGGGUUGGAUCCUCAGGUAGGUCCACUAGAUGAUGGAUCUGGGGAUGUUUCUCUUUCGAAAAGUUCUGUUUCUAUAAGUGAACCUCUAAAUACCCCAUCACUGGACUUCUCUCAGUUAUUCAAUUUUAUACCAGUAAAUGGACCUCCUUUUAAUCCUUCUGUUUCUGUGGGAAAUCUUGGAAUGAGUUACUCACAAGAGGAGGCACACUCAUCUAUGAUUCAGCUUCCUCCACAGGCACAAGAUCUUCAAGACCCUGGUAAUGGUAUUAGUCUUGGAUCUCUUCACUCAUUAUCUGCAGCUUUCACUAGCAGUCUAAACACAACCACAACUCUACCACGUUUUCAUCAAGCGUUCCAAUAA